AUGGUGUUUGUUUCUGCAGGUACUGACCCUGUCACUCAGUUGUUGCGCUUUGCCAAGGAAUACCGCGGCAGCACUGACCACCUGGACAUGAUCUCCCUCGGCCGGGGGCAGGGGCCGAUCGCUGAAGAGCUGAUCCACAAGGCACUGGUUCAGGGAGGACGCUGGGUCUUUCUGCAGAACUGUCACCUCGCUGCCUACUUCAUGCCAACCUUACAGGCUAUUGUCGAAUCGUUCCGAAAACCAGGAAUGCACAUUGAUCCGAACUUCAGGCUUUUACUUAGCUCCAAAUCGGACCACACAUUCCCCAUCUCGAUUCUACAUGAAGGAGUGAAGGUUGCUGUGGAGCCUCCCCAGGGUGUGAAGAACAAGCUGCUGACCAGCUUUGGGAGCAGUGGGGUGGGGGAAGUGACAGAGAGAACCUACAUGAAGGAGAAUGUGAGCGUGAGCUGGAGGAGGCUGCUUUUCAGUCUGUGUCUCUUCAACGCCAUCAUCCAGGAGAGGAACAAGUACGGAGCUUUGGGCUGGAAUAUCCCGUACGAGUUCAGCUCUUCCGACCUGGAGGUUCCAUGGUAUUGCCAUCGGUGA